AUGGCAGAGCUCCCCAGCGCCUCCGCAGGGGCUCCAGCUGUAGCCAGCGAUCUCGACAGCCUGCCUGCCGCGUUGAAGGCCGCGUCGGGCUCUCCCGGCGCCGUUAAGCGCUCGGCCGCGGAGGCCUUUGAAGGCGACAGCGUAGAGGACCUAAAAGACGACGAGACGACGCUGGACGACGUUCUCGUGUCCCCCGUGACCAAGAAGAGCAAGCUGUUAGACGAGGAGCUGCCCGAUGUGGACGACAACGAGCAGUUCCCGCAGCAGGAGGAAGAUAUGGACGCGGAUCUGGCCCUGGGCCUAGAAAAUGGAGACGCUAACCAAGAUAUGGAUCCCGAGAACCUAAAUAUGGAAAGCGCGAACCAAGAUAUGGAGAACGGAAACUUAAAUAUGGAAAAUACGGAUCGCGAUGCGGAGGAGCUAGCGCCGCCUGAAGAAGAAGAGGGAGGAGAAGAACAAGAAGAAGAAGAGGAGGAGGAGGAAGUGGCGGACAGCGAGCCCCCGACGUCCCAGAACAAUGAGAUUGACAUUGUAGACGUCGAUGACGACGAUGAAGAAGAAGAGGAGAGUGGGCCUGGAGGGUACCAACAAUACAGUGGCCAGGAUGAAGAGGAGGAGGAGGAUGACGACGAGCAGGAGACGGCACGAGCUAUCGCUCGUGCGCAGAACCAGAGAGAGGCCAGGCAGUUGCUGCUGCAGCUGGACGACUCGGCGCGAAGC